AGCAGCAGAAGAAGAAGACAAACGCCCUCCAUCUCCACUGUGGCAGGAGCCAUUACACUCUCUGAAAAAGAGCGACGCAAAGGGAGUUAGAACAAAAGUUAAUCUUCUGCUUGUUAAGUUCAUUGGGAAUUGAGUAAUAACUCACUAAAGACCAUGCUAAGGGUUUGUCUGAGAGGAGCUAAAGCUUCAGCCUGGAAGAACUCGGGGAGAACUUACCCCUUAAUCAAUCUGCAUCACUGCCGCCAUUACACAGCAGGAGAGACCAGUAGCACAACUAAAGUGGUUGCUGCUGGCUUGUUGACCUUAAGCGGUACCAUUGGAGGUACAGUACUGUAUGCCAAAUGGGACCCUAAGUUUAGAUCAGCAGUGGAGAAGAAUGUUCCAUACUCUGACUGGCUGUUGGGUUUGGCUUUGGGACCUGGUUCUCAAGAUCAUGGACUUCCUGUCAAGAAACAGCCACCCUCCAUGAUUGAAAAACAAGUAAAGGCAUCCAAAGAUAGGACAGAGAUGAAAGUGACAGACGCAGCAGAGAGUCCAGUCAACGAGUCCAGUCUGGACUCAACGGAGACUGCACAGAGCAUAACAGAUGCUUCAGUAGAGGUGACUCAUAUCAUCUCCGCAAUUAGUGAGGUCCCAUCAGUCCCCGCUCCAUGUGACACAGAGGCAACACCAAUCAAAGAUUCAGCUGUAGCAUCAGAGCCACUGACAGAGCGUCCAGUUGAAGCUGUGGCAGCUAGGUUGGCUGAACAAGAGCUGGAGGAAAAAGACAUUCUGGCAGUUGCAUCAGCCGGUCUUGAAGACUCACUGGCAAGUUCAGCUAAAGCUACAUUGCAGGCCAUUGAAGCUCAGGAAGCAGCCCUACAUGCUAUCACACAGCAUACGCACAAACUGAAGGAGGCUAUGGAAGCAGAGGUUCCACCUCAAGAAAAGUCAGCCCAGUGGAAAGAUCUAGAAGCUGCUCUUGCUGAUAGAACCUGCGCUGUGAAUGAUGCCAGAACUGCUCUGUUGAAAGCCAAUGAAGCCAUGGGUAAUCUGAAAUCAGUGAUUGACAACUCCAAAGUCCUGAAGAUUGCUGCUGUUCAACCACUGGUUUUAGCAGCAGAAGAGCAUCUUCAUAAUAUGGUGGUGGACUUGGACAAAGUGGCCACUAAGGUGCAGUCUGCAGAGUCGGAAGCUAAAAUUGUCUCACAGUACAGUGAACUGAUUAAUGAAGCCAAACAACAGUUUCAGAGGGAAGUAAGCAGCCUUACUCCAGAGAUCCAGGCCAACUGGAAGGGGCUCACCGGUAAGCUGUCUCCAGAUGAUUUGAAUGCCCUGAUUGCCCAUGCACACCGUCGCAUUGAACAGCUGAAUCGAGAGCUGGCUGAACAGCGAGUCAGAGAACAAAUCCACAUUGAUGUGGCACUAGAGCAGCAGAAGCUGGAGGACCAAAAAAUGCUGGAGAAAGCUGUCAACACCGCCCUUCAGCAUGUCAAAGAAGAGGCCCGGUUGGAGCAGGAAAGGAGGCUGGCUGAGUCAAGGGAAGUGAUGGAAGCAGAGAUGAGGACACAGCUGCGACGGCAGGCAGCUGCUCACACAGACCACGUCCAGGAUGUCCUCAAAGUCCAAGAACAGGAGCUGAGGGCAGAGGCUGAGCAGGUCUUGAGCAGUAAGAUGAUGGAACAGGAGACCCGCCACUGUCAGCUGAGCCAGGAACUGCUUGAAAACUUCACUCUGGAUAUGAAUAAUGCCUAUGCAAGACUGAAGGGAAUGGAAGAGGCCAUAGACAGCCAUGUGAUAGCAGAUGAGGAGGCUCGUAAAAGUCACCACCUAUGGCUCUCUGUAGAGGCUCUGAAUUACACUUUAAAGAAUGCCAAUAUUGACUUGCCCCCCAUCCCUCUAGAGAGAGCAGUUCAGGCUGUGAGAGACAGCUGCCAUGACAAUGACUUUGCCUUGGCCCUUGCAUCAGCUCUUCCUGAAGAAUCCCUUAACCGAGGUGUGUAUAGUGAGGCCUCUCUUCGUGCCCGAUUCAACUCCCUGCGAUCGAUGGCCCGCCGCGUCGCUCUCAUUGAUGAAUCUCACAACUCAUUGUACCAGUAUUUCCUGUCCUACCUUCAGGCUGCUUUGCUGUUUGAGGAUAAACAGGAAGCCCCACCCACCCAACUGAGCAGUGUGGAUUUAGAUACAUUCAAGCUUCUGUCAUUUGCUAGCUACUGCUUAGAGCAUGGGGAUCUUGAAUUAGCAGCUAAACUUGUGAAUCAGUUGAGAGGAGAGGCCAGGAAAGUGGUGGAAGACUGGCUGACUGAAGCCAGACUCACACUGGAAACCAGGCAGGUAGUCAGUUUGCUGUCUGCUUAUGCAAAUGCUGUUGGGUUGGGAACCACACAGGCUUCAUAGCUUGCCACUGUAACUUGCAACUCUUAAGGGAAAAAUCCAUUGGAAAUGUCUCUUUUACUUCUAGUUACUUCUGCACAAAUGUGCAUGUGUUAAAGUCACAUUAAGCAAUUAGAUAUGAGAUACAAUUGAUGCAACCUGUAAGUCUGGUCUUGUCAACAGGCCAACAGGCCGAUUUGGUUUUGUUAUUUGUCACUAUCAAAUUCCCAUUCUUUCUUUGCCUACAUGUCAUGGUAACUUAAUCCUAAUAUUAUCUGAAUGAUAUGUCAAGCUACAAUUUUGUGAGCAACGCAAAUGUAAAAUAAAGAAGAAUGUCACCAAGAA